AUGGUCGACCUCGUAGGGCGUUUUCAGAGUGACCUUGGCGCCGCGGGUCCGAGCUUGACUCUCGGGCCACCGGGGCGCUGGCUCGAGCAGUCUAAUGUUACGGAAUUGGAACUCGGCAAGCGCAAGGCUCGAGAAGUGCCCUCGCCGAAAUCCCGACCUCAGGAAACAACAUCGUCGGAAGAUGUGAGACUUUUGAGUCCGAUGAUUAAGAGCCCAGACUCUUCGAGACCUGCUCGGAAAAGGUCGCGUGAUGAUCUGGAGGAAGCGGGGCUCAGCAAAGCACAACGAGAAAAAAUGCGUCGCGACCGACUUAAUGACAGGUUUCUUGAACUGGGUCGCGAGCUGGAUCCCACCACGACUCCGCGGACGGACAAGGGCAUUAUUCUGAACAACGCCGUUCGUGUGCUCACUGGCCUCAAGGCGGAGGCUGCAGCUCUCAAGCAGGGCACGUGGCAGCUCCAGGAGCAGAUCAAGGAGCUCAAGGCUGAGAAGUCCGAACUUCGAGACGAGAAGGCCCGCCUCAAGGCACAGCGGGAGUGCCUUCAACUGCAACUUCAAGCGUUGCCGCUUCCUACGCCAGAUCGGUUUUCGUCCCCGGCCGCCGCCGCUGCUGCAGCUGCCGCAGCCCUUGCUGCACUUCAGGCUGCAGCAGCUGGUCCCAUGUCCAACCAUUUCGCUGUGAAGCCUCCAGCGUCCAUACCUGCCGAUGCAGCGCAGGCUCCGCCUGGUUCUGCGUGGCAGUGGCUUCAGUCGGCAUCUGGGGAUGUUAAGAGAGACCAGAUCCUUAGGGCUCCAGUGGCAUGA